GAUAGAUGUAGAAUCAGAGGCCUCCAAAUUACGACGAGGAUACAGCCGAUAUCCUGACUACAAAUUAAAUGAUAAAAAUGGUGUGCGCACAGGUGUAUUUGGUGAGGUAACAAGUCCCAAACGUCAAAAUGAUGAACAAAAAAUAUACUGGGAUGUCUAUCGAGGGGCUAUACAUGCAAAGGAUGCAAUAGACCAAGAUAUAAAACAGAACAGAACACGGCCAGAUGAAGUAAAACGAAUUGUUGUUUUUAUUGUUGGAUUUAAAAUGAAAGAUAAUGCAGUGGACAUAUUAAGUGAUCGAUCUUAUAACACGCCUCUCCAAACAAAUUAUUCAGAGUGGUUAUGUCCAACUGCUACUACUCCCUCUUAG